GUUUCCAAGUAGAUCAACAGUUCAUAUGUUUCGUGGCUACUGUCUCUAAGAAACUUCUAUUUACUGAGGCCUGUCAUACUGUCGUGUUUUGGUAACAAAACAUCUUUUGAGACCAAGGCCCCAAGCCACCAAGGAAAAUGAAGGGCCUCUACCAGGCUGCUGGUCGGAUUCUUGUCACUCUGGGGAGCCUCAGUGUAUGCUCUGGAGUUGCUGCUUUCUUCCCUGUCUUUUCUUACAAGCCUUGGUUCGCAGGUUGGAGUGUUCGGAUUGCUUGUCCCAUCUGGAAUGGAGCUUUGGCCAUCACAACUGGUGUGCUCCUACUGCUGGCUUACAGAGCGUGGACCCAGAGACACCUGUGGGAAGCUACUUUCACCUUCGUGAUUUUGAGCAUUAUGGGAUGUCCACUUCACUUUGUGGUAGCCUUGGAAUCUGCUCUCCUGGGCCCAUAUUGCUUCUAUUCAUUUUCAGGGAUUGCAGGCACUAAUUACCUUGGCUAUGCAGUCGCUUUUCCUUAUCAGUAUGCAAAAUUCCCAUUAGCCUGUGUGGACCCACCACACUAUGAAGAGUACCACCUAACACUUCAAGCCCUCGAUCUGUGCCUGAGCUUUGCCCUGCUCUGUACAUCCCUGACAGUGUUCAUCAAACUUUCUGCAAGACUUAUCCAGCAUGGACACAUAAACGGUCAGACGAAUGGGCAGUAAAUUUGGAGCAGUGUUUGUCUUAAAUUUGCCUUAUAUGUGAUCUUUAUUUUGAAAUAUUUACAAAAUAAUUUUGACCUUUAAACUCUUUUCCACUAUGUUCUUAUUAAAUAAAAAUUUUAAUUGUUUUAUAUUUUAGCCUUUUAAAAUUAACCUUUUUCUAAUUUAUAUAUUAUGACAUACAAAUUGAAAUUGUAUUAUUGUUAUAGAAAUUUUAAAAUUUGAAAUAUAAACUUACAGUGAAUGAAUGUUGUCAUUAAGUUUCUCUUGUUCCCUGUGUGAUGUUUCAUUAAACUGUAAUUCCAUAUUACUUAAAUUAAGGAAACAUUUUUCUCAGCUUUACUUCAUUGUCAUUACCAAAGGGACUCAAAAUCUCCAAAGCACACUUAAGACACUGAAUUGUGCCGUAACGAGAAGGGCCUUCUGCAUAGCGAGUGUGACCCUCCCUUCUAGAGGCUCUGGCUCUUGUCUUUGGCACACAUGACAGUUUAAUAGUUAGAAGGCACCUUCGAGGUCUGUUAGGCCAACUUCUCAUCAAACGUCCCAAGAUCCAUAAGCCCCUUACAGUUCAACCAUUCCCAAAAGGCAACCCAUUCAGCUAUUGAGUAGCUUGAAUGUCCAGAAACCUGCUUC